AUGGACAAAACUGCAUUAUGUUCGUCCACCUUUGUGUUGUCACCCUUUCUAUUUCUGAAGCACCGCAAUACACCCUAUUUCAGCUUUCGUGGGACCAACACUCUACAUGAUAAUAGGCGACCCAAUUGGCCAAAGCUUUUGUCACUGCGCUCAAAAUCUGCACUUGCCCGAGCUCACUCUUUGGAAAUAAUGGCAGAGGGUUCGAAUCGCAUAGCCCUUCUCGUGAUCGACAUGCAGAAAGAUUUUAUAGAAGAUGGGGGUCCCAUGCUUGUCAAAGGGGGGAAAGAAAUUGUCCCAAAUGUGAUUAAGGCUGUGGAUGUUGCUAGGCAGCGUGGAAUUCUCGUUGUUUGGGUAGUACGGGAACAUGAUCCCUUAGGAAGAGAUGUUGAGCUCUUUCGCCGGCAUCUCUAUGCUGCAGGGAAAGUUGGUCCAACCUGUAAGGGAAGUGAAGGUGCAGAAUUAGUUGAUGGACUGGUAAUCAAAGAAGGGGACUAUAAACUAGUGAAAACCAGGUUCAGUGCAUUCUUUCAUACACAUCUUCAUUCACUUCUUCAAGGGGCAGGAAUUAAUAGUCUGGUAAUCACUGGUGUUCAAACUCCUAACUGUAUCAGACAAACUGUCUAUGAUGCUGUAGCACUGGACUAUCAACCGGUAACUGUCAUUAUUGAUGCUACAGCAGCAGCCACACCUGAUAUUCAUCACGUGAACUCAAAGCUUGAUCUGCAUGAACCAUGCUACUGUAACACUCUGGUGUUCAAUUCCAAGACUAAAGGUGUUGAUGUCUUUGGCUGUGUUGUGUACAGUGAAGCAAACCUGUGUUACUGUAUGGCAGAGGAUUGGAAGCGCACAGCCCUUCUUGUCAUCGACAUGCAGAAAGAUUUUAUAGAAGAUUGGAGUCCUGUGGCACUAAAACCAGCGAAAGACAUUGUUCCAAAUGUGGUUAAGACAGUGGAAGUUGCCAGAGAGCGUGGCAUGCUCAUAGUUUGGGUUGUACGAGAACACGAUCACUUAGGAAGAGAUGUUGAGCUUUUUCGUCGGCAUUAUUAUACAGAGCGGAAAUUUAAAACAGCAUGUAAAGGAAGUGAAGGUGCAGAAUUAGUAGAUGGGUUGGUAAUUAAAGAAGAAGAUUAUAAGCUUGUGAAGACCAGGUUCAGUGCAUUCUUUGCUACACACCUUCAUUCAGUUCUUCAAGCAGCAGGAAUUCAUAAUCUGGUGAUCACUGGAAUUCAAACUCCAAAUUGUAUCAGGCAAACUGUGUUUGAUGCUGUAGCAUUGGACUAUCCACAUGUGACUGUCAUCGUUGAUGCUACUACUGCAGCCACACCUGAUGUUCAUCAAGACAGAAUUUCUGAGAUGAUGCGGAAACAUUUUGGAUGGUUUCAGCGAAUUUGUUUGACAUGGAAAAUAUUGGAGUUGCAACGCCAACAUUACAAGAGUGGAGAGAAGGCAAGGCUUGAUAUGGAGCAUGCAACUUUUCAAUUUCAUAGGUGUCGGUUGAUCCGUCAAUCAAUGGAGAAGGAGGUUGAGCUUUGUUCAGUUCAACCCCAAAUGGCUUCUCACCGCAUUUUUCAACUCCAGAGGCGUGGAAAGGGAGGCCUCGUUACCAUGCCUUUCAUCAUAGCAAAUGAAGCACUUGCGAGAGUCGCAACCUUGGGGCUUCUGCCCAAUAUGAUAUUGUAUUUGAUGGGAAAUUACAAUCUUCAUUUGGCCGAAGCUACCCAGAUACUCCUCUUAUCCGUUGCAACCACCAAUCUCAUGCCUCUUCCUGGCGCCUUCAUUGCUGAUUCUUAUCUGGGUCGCUUCCUCGCUGUUGGUUUAGGUUCCUUCAUCACUUUCCUGGGAAUGACACUCCUGUGGUUAACAGCAAUGAUCCCAGAGGCUCGGCCUCCUCAUUGCAAUUCUGAAACUGAAAGAUGUGUAUCCGCGACAUCUGGGCAAAUGGCAAUGUUAAUCUCUUCCCUUGCUCUCAUGUCCAUCGGAAAUGGUGGCCUGUCAUGUUCCCUGGCCUUUGGUGCUGACCAGGUGAAUAGAAAAGAUAACCCCAAUAAUCAAAGGGCCUUGGAGAUAUACUUCAGCUGGUACUAUGCUUCCUCCGCGAUAUCAGUCAUAAUUGCCUUCACUGGAAUUGUGUAUAUCCAAGAUCAUCUUGGAUGGAAAUUGGGUUUUGGAAUUCCAGCAGCACUUAUGUUCUUGUCCACGUUUCUGUUCGUUCUGGCUUCUCCACUUUAUGUAAAGAAUAAAACACACAGCAGCUUGCUCACUGGCUUUGCACGUGUCGUUGUUGUAGCCUAUAAGAACAGGAAACUAAGAUUACCACAUAAGAUCUCAGAUGGAAUGUAUCAUCAUAACAAGGACUCUGAUCUAGUUGUUCCAACUGAUAAACUAAGGUUUCUGAAUAAAGCUUGCUUCAUUAAGGACCCAGAAAAAAAUCUAGGCUCUGAUGGGUCAGCCUCGAACCCAUGGAGUCUCUGCACAGUUGAUCAAGUAGAAGAACUAAAAGCCAUUGUAAAAGUUAUUCCCCUGUGGUCUACGGGGAUCACGAUGUAUCUUCACAUUGGAGGCUCAUUUGGAUUGCUGCAAGCUAAAUCCCUUAACAGACAUAUCACUCCAAAUUUUGAAGUUCCAGCUGGAUCUUUGAUCGUAAUCAUGAUAUUUACAAUUUUUAUUUGGAUAGCUCUUUAUGAUCGUGUCAUUAUUCCUCUAGCAUCAAAACUCAGAGGCAAACCAAUUAAGAUCAGUUCAAAGACAAGAAUGGGUCUUGGGUUGUUUUUCUCCUUUCUCCACUUGGUAACUGCAGCAAUUGUUGAGACUACAAGGAGAAGGAGAGCAAUUAGUGAGGGACAUGUUAAUGACACACAAGCAGUGUUGAAUAUGUCUGCAAUGUGGCUGUUUCCUCAACUUUGCUUGGGUGGCAUAGCUGAAGCAUUCAAUGCAGUAGGCCAAAAUGAGUUUUAUUACACUGAGUUUCCGAAGACUAUGUCAAGCAUUGCUUCUUCCUUUUCUGGACUGGGAAUGGCUGUAGGAUAUGUGCUUUCUUCUUUACUAUUCACUGUUGUGGAAAAGGUUACUUCAAGAGGGGGAAAGGAUGGAUGGAUCUCAGAUAACAUUAACAAGGGUCAUUUUGACAAGUACUACUGGGUUCUUGUCACAUUCAGUGCUGUUAAUUUACUGUAUUAUCUAGUAUGCAGUUGGGCUUAUGGACCCACUGCUGAUCAAGAAUCAAAGUUAACUGAAGAAAAUGGUUCCAAUGAGGAAGAAUUACCACUAAUUGGAGCCAGGACUGAUGGUCCAUUUGAUAAGGUAUCACAGGUUAGUGAAGAAAUUUUAAGAACUUCACAUAAAACUUUAACGGAUUGA